UGGCGGCGUAUCCAAGUUUGGAACAAGGAGCUAACUCCGGAACAAGUUGGAGCUAUCUCGCGAAAUCCGACCCGGGCCCACGCAUCAACAAACACGGAGCAAUCAAGCGAGGAGACUGUCAUCACUGUUGAAGGCGAUAACAUCGAAGAUAGGUUGGAGGAUAUCAGCAUAGACACCACUGUAGAUGAAGAAGAGAACUUGGUUGCAGCCGAAAACGACCCCAUAGAGCAAGUUGAUGAUUGGCUGUCGGAAUAGGUGCUGUUGUCAAGUUUGCAAAUAACGUAUAAAAAAAAAAUAACUGUUCAACAAACCCCAUCAUAAUAAAGAUCCCCUUUCCCUGUCGUUCUUGACUGAGCUCUUUUUCUUUCACAAUGCUUUUCAGCUUGCCAUCCUGGAUAGCUCUAAUUGCCACUUUACUUUGCACAUUGCGAGCCAUUUACCUCGAUAAAUGGGCUACAGCGGACCUUCAAGGCACUUCCGUGCACGAAUCACCUCGACAUGUAGAAGGCCCCAAUCGGUGGACGAUGAGCGACGGCAAUGUGGUCAUUGGCACAGAGCCCGACAACAUCUUUUAUUUUGUACAGUUAUCAGACCUGCACAUAUCACAAUUCCAGUCAAAAGGAUACACUAUUCACUUCUUGCAUUUUCUCAAGUCGGCUCUUCCAACCAUCAGCCCUGAAUUUGUCGUCGUAACCGGUGACCUGACAGAUGCAAAAGAUGCCCGCCGAAUAACGUCGUCACAACACCUAGCGGAAUGGAGGGUGUACGAGAAGGCACUUAGUGAAGCUGGCGUAGUGGAUGGAUGGUAUGAUCUUCGUGGUAACCAUGAUUGUUUCGACGUUCCCGGAUGGUACGAUGCUGCCAACAUGUACAAGGACUAUGCAGUCAGCAGCAGAAGAUUGGAGGAUGGCCAAGGUGUUUACGAAUGGGAAAUUUCAAAGGGAACUGGAAAGUACAAAUUUGUUGCUUUUGAUGCAUGCCCAAAACGCGGUCCGUCCAGACCGUUUAAUUUCUUUGGCUAUAUGCCCUCAUCAGGAAUGAAUCGUCUCGCCGAUAGUAUUAUAGGAUCCGAAGAUAAGGAACCCUAUAAUCACACCAUGGUGUUCGCACAUUAUCCUACCACCACCGUGGCCUUCGGUACCUCGGAUGAUGGAUACACAUAUACUGAUCUCGCCAACCAAUUUUCUGUGUAUUUCUGUGGCCAUCUGCACAAAUUACUAGGAGGUCUUGGAGAUUCUCUCAAAGGUUAUGACCCCAAGACACAUUCGUUAGAACUAGAACUAGGAGACAUGAAAGACCAUGCUUCCUAUAGAAUCGUCGCCGUAGACCACGAUCUUAUUUCCUUCGUCGAUGUCAACUUACCCUUACCUCAAAUCCCAUUUACGGCCCCGCAUAUACCCAAGGCUAUUGACGGGGAAUCUAUCCUACCGGAAUCCAUUGACAUGCCUCCUGUGGUUUUGAUCACCAAUCCAAAGGAAGCCAAAUGGAUCCUUCAAUACAAGGAGCCGGUAGCACGUAUUGCCCAGAGCGAAGCCCUUCGGUUUUUGGUCUUUACUCAAGAGCAAGAUCCUGAUUCACUUCGCGUUGAAAUCACAAUAGACGGCAUACAACACCCCUACCCAGCUCAAUACAAAGGUGUAGGCGACGCAAAUGGUAUUGGCCAAGGCUAUACACCGUUGUGGAUCAGUGAAUGGGACCCACAAAGCUUUAAUGACAUGGAAGAACAUACCCUUCGAAUUACGGUGACCGACAGUGCUGGACGGCAAGGGGUGGAUGAGAGCGUUUUCAAAGUCAAUGGUGCUAGAAUUGAUAUCAAUGGGGGGCCUGGAGAAUGGAUCAUCUGGACCAAGUUGUCACUCUCGCUCAAGCGAUGCUGUAUCUUGGUUAUAGGCUCUAUUCUUGCUAUUCUGCUCAUACCCAAGCUUUAUAGUGAUUAUACACCCAUUGGAUCACCCAGGUACACGGCGGCUCGCGAUCCCAUUUUGAAGCGCAUUCAUACAUUAUCAAAGGAGCCACAUACAUUGGCGAACCGUACUCGCUAUCAUGUCUGGCUCUGGACUCUUCGCUGUAUUGAUAUGCCUCGCAAUAUGCCCAUUGUGUGGGCUGGCACCCUCAUUUACACCUUGAUGCUCAUCUCCUUGCCGUGGUUCAAAGGGGAGUUCAUUCCAGUGGCUCAGAAAUCUGAAGACCGAUAUGGCCUCUUUUACCUUUUUGGCAUCCGACUUUCAGACGAAUGGGUACCACUGGCUGAUACAUGGAUGUUUGCUUUAUUCGAAGUUCCGUUUGGAUUAGCCGCUUUUGUUGUGGUCUGGAUAUGGCGCGCCACUGAUAGUGCUGAUCUCCACUGCAGCGGAACAAGUCGUAUUCGAACCCUGAAUGAACGAGCGUGGUUCAAAGCCCUCGUUGUCAUAAUGUGGUUAUGGCGAGUGUCGGAGGUACUGGCGUUAGGAAGUUUCUAUGGCGGAGUCUGGCCAACGCUGGUCCAAAACUCCAUCAUUUGGUGGUUGCUGUUUGCUGGUGUGGCCAUCGCUGCUGGCAAAGAUGGUAUCUUUGUCAGACGAUCAGUCAAGGAAAGGAAUAGCUCUAUUUGGGGACGAUGCAUAGUUUGUCAUAAAUCAACAACAGGACAGGAGGAGGAUGAUACGCGCCGCAGUCUUUUGGACAACAUGGAUGACGACCCUGGCUCCCAUAGCUCCAGCUCUUCUAGUACCACAGAAUCACUUCAAGGCCUUAAUGUCGUUAAAGUUCGAAAAUCCAGAAAGUAGACAGCUAUCUAACACAACCUUUUAAACAUGUUUUUCUUACCCCAAUAAAGUAAUCACGCUUGUACACCUUUUGCCAAAAUGAUGUCCGCAAGAUAAAACCAUAAAAAAA